AUGCCCGUGCAGGAGAUGGAGGUGAGUCCUGUCAAGUCCCUGUACUGGGAGCAGUUCCCCCCCAUGUCACAGCGCCGCGUGUACUGCACCCCCGUCUACCACGAAGGCCUGCUCUACGUGCUGGGGGGCUGCAACGAGACCGGCAUGCCCCUGGACAGCGUCGAGGUCUUGGAUGUAGAAAGCCAGGCAUGGAGCCAGUUGCCCCCGCUGCCCACUGCACGGGCGGGCGCUGCGGCUGUGGCACUGGGGGCCCAGGUGAUGGUGCUCGGGGGCAUGAAUCAGCAGCAGACCCCGCUGGCCUCCGUGGAAAUGUACCACCCUGAUGAGGGCAAGUGGGAGACGAGGACCAGCCUGAGUCAGCCAUCUAUGGGCAUCACCACAGUGGAGAAAGAUGGGAAGGUGUAUGCGUUGGGGGGUAUGGGCGCAGACACCACACCGCAGGCCCUGGUGAGGGUUUAUGAGGCAGAGAAGGACCAAUGGCUGACGAUGACCUCCAUGCCCACGCCGCGGUACGGAGCCACACCCUUCGUAACAGGAAACAAAAUCUACAUGUUAGGUGGACGUCAGGGAAAGAUGCCAGUGACGGCGUUGGAGGCUUUCGACCUGGAGAUGAAGAGCUGGACACGCUACCCCUGCAUCCCGAGCAGGAGAGCCUUCUCCUGCUGCACCACCAAUGAGCGGAGCCUCUUCAGCCUGGGGGGUCUCCAACAACCGGGGCCACACAACUUCUACUCCAGACCUCACUUUGUCAGCACCAUGGAGGAGUAUGACCUGGAUCAAGGCAUCUGGAUCAAACCCAGCCGAAUGUCCAGGAUGAGGGAGAAGCGUGCUGACUUUGUGGCAGGUUGCCUGGGAGGAAGGGUCAUCGCAGCUGGUGGUCUAGGUAAUGAGCCUACACCGUUGGGCACAGUGGAGAGCUACAACCCGGUGAAGCGGCGCUGGGAGUAUGUGGCGCCCAUGCCCACUGCACGCUCCUCCUCUGCACUCCUGCAGACAACCAGCAUGCUCUUUGUCAUUGGUGGCGUCGCACAGGGACCCAGUAAUGCCGUGGAAGCCCUCUGCUUACAGGAAACAGUGUGACACAUGCACACACUCAAACACACAAAGGAAAUAAUGCAAAACAGCAUUGAUAUUGUAGUCAUGUACGUGCAGAAACACAGGAAUUGGAUCCACAGAUCACACUUUGAGAUACUUUUCUAUCUUAAUGUCCCACUCAUGGAUUCGUCUUGUUAUGGACUGGGAUAUACUUGUCACCUUCAGCGAGCAUUUCUUAAAUGGGAUCUGCAGAGACCGUUUGUGACAGAGAUGGAUGAAUACAGGCUUAAGACCAGUCAUUCUGACUGCUGGGACUGGCAAGAACAGAAAAGGGACGGAUCUUCUACUCGGGGGAAAUGAGCAACACAUGAGCAAAAAAAACAACACACACACGCUGUGUGUGAAGAAACAACAUGCCUUUGAACUGUUGAGCAUUUUUCAGAAUAAAAGCAGGGUACUUUGCUGGAUAAUAAAGGAACAUAGGGCCAUAUCUGUAUUUCCUCUUCGCAGCAGCGUCGCUCUCACCGGCUGCUGCAACAGCAAGCUUCAACACUUUUCUACGACCAGUGACGUUCUGGGAAUGUGAAUAUCUGUUUUAGUUCUUCUCCUUUGGUUGCAUUGUUGUAUACAUUACCUGUGACAUUUAGAACUGCUAGCCACGUUACCACGGUGUCAACAAGAGUGGCCCUUGAUAAGCGUUCACUCCGCAGGCGGCUCAAAUUAGGAACGACCAGUGACCACAGUCACUGUGUUUCCUUAAUGUGUAGUUGGUGAAGAAUUGACUGUGGCUGAACUUGUCGGCAUCUUGCUUUGCUACCCAUAAACCCGCCUCUGCUACGACAUGAGCACAGCAGCAGCAGAUCAGCAAACUCCAAUGUUUCCUCACACUGCAGAAUGGAGAUUUAGGAGCUCAUGGAGGGAAUGCAAACAGCACCUGCUGCACUGAAGCAUCCUGAAAGAUAAAUAAUAAUCUAAACAUCAGCCACCUGACAUUAUAUUCCCCUGGAGCUUUAUGAUUGAUGGCAGAACAAUGGCUAUUUUAGCUCAAACUCAGCAGCCAGAUGAUGGAUGAAAAAUGGAAGUGCAUUUGAUGAUAACUCUGCAACGUUUUGGAGCAAUGAAGGCACUUGUGCAUAGUUGGAGCAUCCUGAGAUCCAGCUAACGAUUCCUUUGUCAGAUACUUGUCCAUAACUGGUUCUAGGCUUCAUCAUUUGUUCAAUUACCACACAAAAUCGUACAGAACAGAUUCGUGUUUUAUUGUUAUGAUCUCCGUUACGUUGAUUCAGUCUUUCCGUUUGGGAUUCCGAUGGGCUUUCCGUAAACGAGUUGUGAAUGCACAAAAAACGAAUUGAGGUCAGAUAAGUCAGACCUCAUUCAGAGGUGGUCUGUGAUUCACACGGCCACAUAAUCUCAGCAGUUUGAAUGUUAAUGUGUGUGGGGCAUAUUGAAGGAGCAUUGAUUCUCUAAAGACGUGUGUGUAAGAGUCGGGGAUAAACAAUGAUGGAGGGAGCUGCUGUGACAGAUUGAGUGACCUGUAGACAGCGGACCAGGCCACACAGGAAACAAAAAGGAUGGGCUGCUGCAGUGUUCGCUUUUGGCUGGUAGCAUGUAGCCUCUUUUGAGCUGUGUCUCAAUUCAGCUGCCACAUCCUGCAAAGGAGCCGGUCUACACAGCCAGAACUAAACGAUACAGUCCGGUCUUCCUAGUGCAUUAACAGCUCAUCAAGCUGCUACGACCAUCGCCUAGCAACGAAGCUAUGGACGAAAAUGUUCUUUGGUUGAUAAACAUGUUUUUUUGGCUGUUUGGUUGAAUACUUACAUUUAAGAAUACAUUGUCCCGACGUUUUGCGACGCUUUUUGCUGCCAUUUCCUCUUUGAAAAACAGUUGAACUGAAUCAGGGCCUCUGUUGCUCGUGGGCUGGAAGGACACAUUUGUCGGCUGCAUUUGGAGGAGACCUCUUAUCGGGACUGUCUUGCGCUGCUGUGACACAAUCGAUCUACGAAUGCAGCCGACUAAGAACGUGGCCCCUAAAUUGAGACACAGCUUUGGUCUGUUCUGCUGUGAACUGUUCCUGCCAUAUAGGAAGCAUUUCUACCAGUCAUCUGCUUCUCCAUUCAGAUUUGAGGUACUGGAACAAUCAGUCAUUACAGCUGAAGCAGAUGCACUAGGUGGAACUGUCACAGUGGAAUUAGCAUUAGUCUGAGAUUGAUGUGUCACCUAAUGCCCCUAUGCGAUGGUGAUAUUUGAUGGUAAGUUUAUUUAAUGAUAAAGUGAUUGAACACAAGUGUACUACAGAAUGAUAAAUUGAUGUGAGAGCCACAGUAAGGUAGAUAAUUUAAUCAUCUAACAUAGAUAAUUAAAGAGAGGUCAGAUCACGCGAUAUGAUUGGCCGGUCCCAGGAUAAUACUGACUACACAUCUCCAUCUUUUAAUUUAAAAGAGUAGGGGAGGAUAAAAAGACUGUAGAGUUAAUGAUACAAAAUAAGCAUUGUUUAUUUCAUAGGAAAGCAUGCACACACGCACUCAAACACACACACACACUAACACACAAAUCCUUUUCCCUGUCUUGCCCCACCUUUUGUGCUUCUUUUGGUCUGCAUCCUGGCACAACUUGUUAGCAGAGUCAGAUAAGAGCUCGGAUGAGAUGCCAGCUGACAGUUGGUUAUUUCUGGGGCUGCAUUGUGUGCACCUAAUUUAGUUUGUUUGGUGGAAGCCUCACAGCCUUCACACACAAACACAGACACAUAUACACUUGCGCACUACAGUCCGUAUGCUUAGUCAAGCACUGACUUUCAACCCUAAACACUCCUAGUCACUCAGAUACUGCACGCUCGCCUGACACGGACACAUAAUGCAUUCUCUAGCCCCUAACUUUAAUCAUCACAGCAAAAUGACUCUGAUCCGAUUCAAACCCUAUAAUCAAGCCGUAAGCCUCAAACAGGCCAAAAUAUCCUGAUUCCAUAAGGUCUGGUCUCAAAAUGAUCCCUACAAAGAUUUAAGAACACACACACACACACACACACACACACAUACACACAGUUCUAUUGGCACCAACCUCAAAAGCUUGGAGAGAAUACACAGAUUACUUUGUUGCUAAGUAGCUCUGCUGGAAGGGGUCUGUGACCGUCCUUACAACACUGAUUAACCGACUUGAUGCAGCUUCAAUUUGUGUGAGUGCGAGUUUGUGUGCGUGUGUGUGUGUGUGUGUACUCUUGCAUGUGUGCUUUUGUCAUGGAUGAAUUUGGAGAAGGAAAUACUGGCAACAAACUAUUUCUAUUGUCAUAUAACUUGCUCAAAUACACCAAAAAGAUGGAAAAUAUUGAAAUUCAAAAAGCAAUAAUUGGCCUUGUUUACACUUUUCUGUUUUGCACUAUUCACCACCAUCUCUUUAAGAAACUAUUUGGCCCUUUAACUUCUAAAUUUCUUGCUUUGUGUCAUCAGAGCUUUUAUACUUCUCUCUUUUUAUCUCAGUUUCUGGUAUCCACCUGUUCACUUGUAAAAUGUGGUACUAGCUUGCUAAAUGUUUGACCAUGCAACUGUAAACAGUGGUGACCCAACAACCAAAACAAUGAGCUACAUGAGGCUUAUAGGCUGCAGCUGGAGAUUUUGUUGUCUUUAACAACAUUCAUAUGACACAUAUAGUCCUUUAAUGUCAUGUCCAUUUAAAAAAUUGCCAUAAGUGCAAUGUCACUACAUCCAUCGUGUCCCAGUUGUGUACUUCUGACUGUAUGUGGCUGUGUAUGAGUGCAAUACUCAUUCUCGUGGGAAGUCGCGAGUUUGUGUGUUUUUGCAAAUUUCUGAAACAGAGACUAGCUCGCCGUUUGAUAGAGUGUGUUUUCCCGAAUCAGCUGUUUCGGACACACUGCAGUCCCGAAGGAAUUCUGGGACUUUUCCAGUGCUAUAGCUCUCUGUUUUUUAGUUGUAUUGAAAAAAAUGAAACUUUCACCGAGACUCCCCCGCUGACCCUUUACAGUGUCAGAUUGUUUUACAGUGAAGACGCAUCUGGAAUGUGUUUUCCUGGCUCCUCAAAGACGAACGUGUCGAGCUGUUUACUCACCGGAGAGAAAUUCUUCUGCUGCUGCUGACGGCAGGUGGAGAUACACAGAACAGAAGAGCAGGAUGCUUCAGUGCAGCUAGCAGCUAAUUUCAUGCUGUAAUUUGUUAUCAGGCCCUGAGCAGAUGAUGCACAUGCAUUUGUAAAAAAUUUCUUACAGGACGGGUUGAAAUCCUACAUGUAUGGUGCUCCUGCUUCCUAUGACAAGAGUAUUCAUUUCGUUUUAUGGGUUUCUGGGUGAGAAUUGAACGAUCUAUUUAAUCUGAGGCACAGGUCAAUGCAAUAAGAGCCCUACAAUUAUUCCACAGGUUUUUAAUAAAGCAAUGUUGAAAAAUGGAAACAAAUGCACAAGCAUUACACCUUCAUUUCAGGCACGUUUCAUCAUCUGGAGCAAACAAACUUUCUUUCAUUGCCCCCAAAAAGUUGCCUUGUGUAUAGUUACCUCUCAAAACAUCUGUUGACACAGUAUAUGCUCUACCCUCUUGUCCAAGAAACAUUCAGGGCCCUGUUUCAGUAUAGGCUCCCUGCUUGAUUCACAAAAACAAGGUCCACAGACUCAGGUUCUGACAAAACAAGGGGGGUGCAUUCAGCACGGUGCAAUGCCGGGGGUGGCAGAAGCUGACUUUACACAGUUUUCACUUUCGUGCGCGCUUUGUAGAAUUGUGUCUUUUUUUUCUGACAAUGAAAAGGCUCUCUGUUUUUUUUCUCUUCUUUCUUUUUAAUAUUUUUUCGCAGGAAAAAAUCGACACAGUUUCCUGGGCAACGAGGAACAGUGUCAAAACCUGCUGGUAGCAUACAUGUGUUCCUCUUACACUCACAUACCCACAUGAUCUGGUUGUGUUUUGUUUCAUGUUUGGGCCUGAAAAGACAAAUCAAGAUGGAUAUAAUGGUGUUUUUUUGUUGUUAAUUGUUCAUUGUUGUUCAUAUUUUUCCCUCCAGAUGUUUGUGCUGUGGAUUGAGGUUGUGAGGUGACAGAUGUGUCGUGGUGUUGUGCAGAUCAGAUCAGGUUCCUCAAAGUGGUUGUCACUAGUUGUGUGUUCUUGCGAAGCUUUGCUGAAAUAUUAUUUUUCGAUAGGAAUAUAUACAUAGAUCUGUUUAUUUUUACCAUGUUGGUCUUGUACAGUACGUAAUCAUGCUAGCUGACGUACGGUUCUUAAGGAGAAAUGUCUACAAAAGAAUGAAAGGAAGGUGAACAAAUAUAUAUUUGCCACCAACAUAUUUCAUAAGCAUUUGAGUAUAUCAGUGGAUUUUUUAUUUUCUGGGUUUAAUAGGUUUAAUUAAAAAAAUACAUAUGAGGGAGCUUUCAACUGAAAUGCUUGAAACAGCCGCUAACUCCAAAUCCCCGGCAGCUGGAGAACCACUGGUCUUCAAAGCUGUCCAUCAUUUUCAGAGCUGAGUAUUAAACUAGUUUGUACAGACAUGUCUCUGCUUCUGAUCUCUCUGGGUGAACUCUGCUGCCUCCCCUGCAGUGACUGACUUGGUAAAACCUCCGUGGUCUCAGUGGAUCAGUAUUUCCGUGUGCUCUGUACUGUAUGUGCAAAUGUAAUUUUGGGAGGUUUACUGAACCGAAUCUAAUGUUCUGAAGGUGUAAAGAAGGAAACGUUAAACAAAGAGAGAGUAUUGACUACUGUGUGUGGGGAGGUGCGGGUCAACGUGUGUGAAAUUCUAAAUAAGUUAAAUAUAUACUUAUUUAUGUUAUAAAACUUUUCACUUUGUAUUGUAUCCCUGUAAUGACUGUGAAAACAUAAAGUGGUUUAACUUCUGCCACUUCAAACAGCACACUCAACAGUAUAUCAAGCCCUUGCAACACUGACUUCAUGCCUCAUCUUACCACAAAUAAUGAAAAGAUAUAUAUAUAUAUAUAUAUAUAUAUAUAUAUAUAUAUAUCUAACUAUGAAAAAUCUUAAUUAAUAAAUAUAACUUAAAUAUUAUUACUUUAUACCUUGAAGCUGUUUUCAGACAUGAGCAACACAGCAGGAGAUUCUCCAGGCACAAAAUUACAGGAAUCUUUAUUCAGGUGAGGAGUGGCCCAGCCGAUAGAGGCAGGACGUAGCGAUUCAAUGCCCCUGCGCAGAUCUCAUGUUUUUUGUUUACAGUAACUUGGCUGUUAUCACCAAAAGCUGUCUUGGCAUUGUGUCUUACAUCUGUGGCUCCUCUUUUUUAUCCUGAGAUAUUUCUAUUAAUUAUACAUGUAUCGUGCCCUCUAGUUCGCAGACCUCCUGUUUUCUCACAUAGGUUCCCUCAGACAUUAUCAAAAGUUUGGCUGGAAAAAAUCUGGAUAAUGUCCAGAGCCUCUCAAUCUGACUAUUGCGUUCACACUAACAGCCACUCCAGGGAAUGUCAGGAGAUUAUCUGGAAUUCAGUGCAUAUCUAAAAGCACUUCAUUGUCAUGUCUAUUACAAUUAGACCAUAUUAACUGAUGCAAACAAAAUUCAGUUUCACUUAAAUCCAGACGACAUUUUUAAAUGCUGCACCGCAACAUAGUUAGAAAGCUAUUUUUAAUGUUUAAAGGUCCAAGAGAUCUAAUUUAAACACGAUGAGCAACUAAUCCAGUGACGACAGUUGGCGGCGUCCUCUGUGGAUUAGUAUCGUGCCCCCAGACUGAGAGUGACGUCAUCAGGGUCGCUUUAGCUGAAAAAGAAUAGUUUAUAUCAGAAGUCCUGUGUUUCGAACUGGGGGCAUGGACUACUAUCAAGCAAGGUGGAUCUAAAGAAAAACAACGCUGAGGGGUGUUAACUCAACCAAUUUUAGGGGAUUAAAAAUUAGGAGAGACACUUUUUAAAAUUUGUGUCUUGCGAGAGCCCUAAUUCUGUAGAAAAUCUGAAAACAAAAAUCCACUCACUUGCAUUAAACUGAAAUGUGAAUAAACAUCAAAUAAACAAUUUCGGAAAUUUUGUUUCUAAAAUAUACAUUUGCAGUCACACUUUCUGUGAUACUUCAGUGUACAGUCAAUUCUUUAUAUAUAAUUACUUUUUCCUUACAGUUGGGACAGAGAAUUGAGAAACAGUGUGGACAGCAUGUGGGACAAGCGGUUGAUAUAAAGACUGAGAACACUCUCAUGUCUCUAUAUGGAGCUAGAACCUCACUCAAUAUGUGCUGUUACUAUUUUUUGACCUUUUGUCUGUUUAUCCACCCGAUACUUCGGCACUGUGUUUUAGCUGUUGCCUGGCAACCCCAAUGUUACACAGGGCUCCAGGAAGUCACUGCAGCUGCCUGAUGUUUGCUGAGAAAUAAUGAAUUCCCCCAUCAAAGCCACAAGUUAGCAGUUUCCCCCUGUCCAGCCAUGAGAGCGUGUAAAUCAAAGCACAUCUCCCAGAAGGUCAAAUUAUCCCAUUAAUCAACUCAGAUUUUAGGGGUCAUAGUGGACUGCUCUAUAACAUAAAUUAUUAUACGCAAAAGUCAAGGCAAACUAGAAACAAUGGAACGAGCUUCAAUACAUUUUUGUUCAGCAACACUUUUGUGCUGUUGAAGGAGCUGAUGUGAGGAUCCCACUCUGUGCCACAGAUGUACAAAGUUAUUAUAACCUAAUUUAUGCUUCUUGAUAAUCCCUCUAGAAACAAACAAGAUUAGACUGCUGCGGCGAGGGUUCCUUUUGAUCCUCACACAGACAGAGGGAAACAAGAGGGGAUAUGCUGCUCUGACUUUUGAUAUUAUGAUCUAUAUCAUAAUGAUAAUAGUUAUCAUGGUAAUACAAAUGGUUGGUGGUUAUUGUUGUCAAGGUAAUAGAUUCAUGACCCUGCAGUGAUUUGUUAACGUGUUGGAUGGAAGACGGAGACUAGUCCAAUGUGUUGAAGAAUCCAGGAGACUGGGUUAGAUUAGUAGGAUGUUGUAAUGUCCACAUGGAAAGGCUGACUCCCCUCACUGAAGCCUGCCAGUCCACUGGGACACCUUCACAAUCAUAACAAAGGUUAAUGUUGGUUUAAAAGUUUCCGGUCAGAGUCGGUUCCAUUAACAGGCAAAUCUCUUGGUUAACAACGUCCUGACGAGAGAUGACAUAGAGCUUCUUUUUUAUUCUUUUUAAUAAAAAUAUCUAGAGAAUAAAAAAGAGUGAGUCUUCAUAGAAGAUCCACAUCAGCUCUCUUGAUUUAGCAGAUGUAGGUCAAAUUGCUGACAGCGUUGUGCCUGUAGUGUGGUUGGCAGGCUUUGGUUCUCAGACCGAGUGGUGGCUGUGACUCCAGUGCAGUAGUUCAGUGCCUAUACUAAAUGUGAGGUAGUGCCUCGACUAUGAAUCCUGUUCAAUAAUAAACUAUUUUGACUUGCUGUCUGA